AUGGGUGACAGCCUUCCCAAAGACGGAUCUUUGGACUUUGCCUUUUCAUUGGCCGAGCGGAUUCAGAGCGCGCUCAGGGAGGCUUUGGCGACGCCGCCGCUGCAUCUCCGUGGCGCGUUGCUUCGGCGGGUCCAGCUUCCAGCAGUCUCUGGACCCCAGCAGUUGAUGCCAUCCCAUGAUUCCUUCGCGGCACAUGCGGACAGAGCAACUGUGGCUGCAUACCACUAUAGUGCUGUCCUGUACCUUAGCGAGCGCGGUGAUGACUUCCAAGAUGGAGAGCUCGUCUUCAUGGAUAGUGACGGACACGACCGGUGCCUCGAGCCCAGAGCUGGCCGCCUAGUGGGCUUCAGCUCGGGAUUGGAGAACCUCCACCGGGUGGCUGCUUCUACAGUGCCUUUGCAUGCCUUUGCCUUGUGGGCUGCUUCUACAGUGCCUUUGCAUGCCUUUGCCUUGCGGGUCUUUAGACUACUGGCAGACUUCCUACACCUCGCUGGCAUGAGCUUCGGCCUGGCCGCGAUUCUGUCUUCGAGAUCUGUGGCAGGAUUCUCCAGAAAGACGCAGGUCUUGUUUCAGGUGGUCUUCGUGUCCAGAUAUCUUGACAUCUUUACGCAGCAUCAGGGCCUUUAUUUACUUUUCUUCAAGAUUACUUUCAAUUUGAUCACUGCCUUUAUGCUUUGGUUGUUCCACAAGCUUCACCAUAGCUACGAAGCCUCUGCCGACUCGUGCAAUCUCUUGGCAUUGGUGGUGCCACCUGCAAUCAUUGCCUUGUUUAGUGGUGGCAUGGGGGUGCGGGAGGAGGCCUGGACAUUCUCGGAAUUGCUGGAACCGUUAGCGUUGAUCCCGCAGUACAUUGUCUGCUACCGGGCAACAAAGGUUCGACCGGCGGCGGUGAUCUAUGUACUUGCAGUGGGAGGGUACAGGACGCUCUACGUUUGCAACUGGAUCUACAAGGUGGGAUGA